CCCACCAGAGACAAGAAGGUGGUUGUGGUUUUAGUUCUCAGGUUGUUGUUGUUGUGGUUCAAUUAUAAGCAGGAAGGGAGUGUUUUUUUCGGUCAAGAUCUCUUCCUUCUGAAGCCCAGGACUACGACGGAUCAUUCGUGAUGACCAGAAGGUCAUAGCGUUUUCACGUGUUCGCAGCGCUCCUCUAUGUAUCACACUGACAGUGGUGGAGGAGGGGACGUGCCCCAAACCAUGGAUAACCAUAUGAAUUCCAACAACAGUCAAAAUGGGGCUGUACCAAAUGCCAGGCCAUUUUUUCCUGCAGAAGGACAAGCACCUCCCCAGGAAGCUCCAGCCGUAUUGAACAACUUCUCCUCUCUCUCAAUCUCUCCAAACAAAGGUGGCAAGAUUAAGGGAGUGGACGCGCAUGAGUUCAUCCCUGGGAACAGGAUGUCAGCGGCGAGCUCAGUGCCAUCGAUGACAGGACUGGGCGUCAGCAUGUCCAGCCCCUCGCUGUCCACCAUGCUGUUCACUGCACAGCCUCACACACCUGCUGCUGGUGCAGCAGUGCCCUCUGGUGCUUCCCUGUCUGCGGGUGCGUCACCUCUCGGGUCGCCCCUGAGCUCUCCAGGAGCGAACCGGCGCAAACCUCCGUACUCUGGUAGUUACGACUUCAUCCCGGGCCAGACCAGCACACCUGGAGGCUCCAUGCAGCAGCAGGCCAUGGGACCCGCAUCCACCGCACCCGCCAUGCACGAUUUUGGCGGUACGACGUACUUCUACACGGCGGGAUCGCAGCACGCGAGACACAGUCCGCUGCCGGCUGCGCUGCUCCCAGGCGGUCACCUGUUCCACCUGCCCCACACGGCGCUGAUGAAGCCCAAGGCCAACCAGCCGUCCUUCUUCAUGCAGGACGAGCUACGCCUGGACACCCUGCGGAGACAGUACCUACUGGCUGCCCAGAUUGAUCCAGUUCAACACCCAGACAUUCCCAGUGAGGUAGAUAACUACCACACCCUGUACCCGCUGGAGCCGGUACCUCGCGACCCCAAACACAGGUCAAGCACCUUUGGGUUCAUCACAUCCUGCUACAAGAGCAUCAGUGCCAAGGAUGCCAUGGCCUACUGCCUUACCAGAAUACAUGGUUUCCACAUGGUGAACUCGAAGUGCAUGCUGUUCACCGACAUGUGGAAGAAGAUCCAACAUUCCAACAUCGUGCAGCUGAGGGAGGUCUUCACCACCAAGGCGUUUGGAGAACACUCCCUGGUGUUUGUCCAUGACUACCACCCUGGAGCAGAAACUCUCAUGGCUCACCACUUCAACAACCCACAACAGAACAAGGACUUCUUUGAGGGGGCGGCCGCUGGCAAAGGUAACAAAACCAAGCCAGGAAUGGUGAACGGCCCCCGUCAGCACGCAGGCCUGCUCCCAGAGAGCCUGAUCUGGUGUUACGUGGUGCAGCUCAGCUCAGCGCUCAGGACCAUCCACGCUGCCGGCCUCGCCUGUCGUGUCAUGGACCCCACCAAGAUCCUCAUUACUGGGAAGUCAAGGUUACGUGUGAACUGCGUUGGCAUUUUUGAUGUGCUGACAUUUGACGUCAACCAGAGCAAUCCUAUGGCUCUCAUUCCACAGUUUCAGCAAGAGGACCUGUUGUCCCUGGGCAAAGUGGUGCUGGCUCUGGCCUGCAAUUCCGUGGCCGGCAUCCAGAGGGAGUUUCUGCAAAAGGCCAUGGAGCUGGUCACCCUGAACUACUCCAGCGACCUGAAAAAUCUCAUACUCUAUCUGCUGACCAAUCAGGGGAGGCCGAAGAGUGUGAAUGACAUUAUGCCGAUGAUCGGCGCUCGGUUCUACACACAGCUGGACGCGGCACACAUGCGGUGUGACGUCAUCGAGGCUGAACUGGCUAAGGAGGUAGAGAACGGGCGUCUGUUCCGGCUAUUGUGCAAACUGGGCAUCAUCAAUGACAGGCCAGGGCUGGGUCUUGACUCGGACUGGUCAGAGACAGGAGACAGGUACCUGCUGAAGCUGUUCAGGGAUUACCUGUUCCACCAGGUCACCGAGUCAGGCGAGCCGUGGAUAGACAUGGCCCACGUCGUGCAGUGCUUAAACAAGGUACGUUUGUUUGUUUGUUUGUUUGUUAGUUUGAACAAUUCUUUAUUCAUGAGAAGCUCAAAUCAGCCUGCAAGCCGCUUUUCACUGAAGUCAUGAGGGAAGAGGCAAGAU